AUGGCCCCCGGAGUAGCUCCGGAACCAAAUUGUGCCACACAGAUUUGCUGUAAGACAGGAUCCACCUAUCUUCCCUAUUUAAAUAUAACUGGAUACCUCAGCAUCUCUUCAGGAUCCCAUAAUCUCACAGCCUGGUAUAAACUUAAGGAUAUACCAGACGCAACCCAGGGAAAGUUAUAUCCCAUGCAUAAACAGAAUAACAAUGGGCUAGACCCGAAGAAGUGUUAUAACACCCGGGAUCUAGAACCUGCAAAGUAUUGGUGCACACACUCAAUAACCCACAACACCACCAGUAUACAUUACACAGAGUUGUUCUUCAAUCUAACUGCCCCUCCAGGGAAGAUCAGCAAACCCAAGAUCUUCAUAUGGACCAGCCGGAGAGAAGGGACUUACUGUGUGGGGCAGUGCCAAAGCAGCAGGAUUGACUACACCAGCCCUCAGAACUGCUCAUGGACAGCACAUCACUGCUUCAACCUCACCACAUGUGGGUACCAUAAGCCCAACCGAUGCCCUACGGUAUAUCCUGCUCCUCCCGGCGGACUUAUCAAAGGCAACCUAAACAAAACUUUAAUACAUGAUGUUAAUUUAGUAAUGGCACAUGUAACGUAUAAUAUUUCGAAUCUGUUACCUCUAUAUCUAAAACAUUGUAAUGGCGAAGAUAAGACAUAUACCUGGUUACAAACGCGACUCGAGGACUUAGUCUCUGAUUACAAGAGCCGGCUUGCUAUUCAAGUAUCGUAUAAACGACCCAAACGAGAUUUAGUUGCAGACAUAACCGGACUGUUUGGGUCAGGGAAUUCCAUAAUAAACAGUUACAGAAUAGCAGGACAAUCCCAGUAUACAACCUGGGUGGCUAAUCAAGUAGCCACCGGCGUCCAACAUCUCUCAAAUAGUAAUGAGAAUCUCAUCAAAGCAGUAAAAUCUGAAGCCCAAACCCUUCUAACAAUUAGUGAGGCCCUCUUUAACCAGACACAAUUCCUCGAGCGUGAUAUAGCCUGCCGCGCUUAUGCGCAAGAUCUGUUUACAGCAGCAAGACAGGAAAUAUUGGACCUACGUCUGAGAAAAACUCCAAGACAUGCUCUUAAAGACCUGAUUGGCAAACUUGAGUUAGAGAAAUGGUUGAAAUCAGAUAUAAGAGGAACUUUGAAAUAUUCUGAAUUGCUAACCUCUUUAAUGAUGCAUACGGGUACUGAAUGCGUUGGUUGUAUAGGAUUCUUUGUAACCUUUCCUUUAAGUAAUCCAGACCAGGUAUAUCCAAAUUCGACCACCAUACGAUCCCUGGGAACUGUAAUGAAAGACCAGGUAAUUAAGUGGGACCAUCGUAUGGGAUACAUGACUCUGAGAGGGACUGAAACCCUAUUUACCACUCGUCCCUGUUGCCACGAGACCACACAUCAUAUCAUUUGCACUUGCAACACACUUCAGCCCUUUUCACAUAACGACACAAAACUCAUCAAUAUACACUCUCUACAUGGACAUGCAGAAGCGGUUCAAGUCUCACAUACACAAUGGUGUGUUGUCAGUGAAAUGGACUCAUUCUCCUAUGGAGGCCUUACCUGCCCUGCAAAUCACACUUUCUGCCUGGAGGUAACCGAGGACUUCACCAUGGGCCACAUCAACAUUUUGGGAAGAGUACCAUUAGAUGUUGAUGUCUCUCCAUGGUGGGAUGACACCUUUUAUGAAGAAGGCACUCGAACCAUGGCCGAUACCAUGGAUUUAGUUCAGCAAGUCAUUCGACAGAUUGACUACCACCUCCAUCAGGCGCAGGUGCAGGCUAAUUUAGCAAAGAAAACUGUACAUAUCUUGACCAGCGCAUCCACCCGUUCAGCACAGUAUAUCUAUUCAUGGUGGGACUGGAUGUUUCGGAUAUGUGUUAUUGCCAGUGGCUGUAUCUUCAUCAUUACAAUACUCCAAUUCUGCUACCUCCGACAUCACAUCCAGGUUCUCAAACCCUCUCGUUGGUCUCGUUUGAAUAGGCAUGAGACGAGGAGUAUUACACUCUCAGAGUUAAGGCAGUAG